AAUGGGAUGGUGGUUUGCACGAACUUGAUUUUCACUGUUAUUAACUUGUAUACCACUAGAUGGCGCUGUUGCAACUAAUCUUACCACCCAUGGAAGAAGAAAGAUACCACCAGACAUCUCAGUCUCAGUGGGCAAACCUAGCUGAUCCGCUAACACUUAGCGUUAUAACAUUUACCCUUAGGUAUCAUUUUAACCAUUUUUGAAUGCAACGAAUGUCUUGUGAUUCAGACUUCAGACAGUAUAUUCGUCCGUACCGAUUUAUUUUAGAUUUAGGACAUCACCAGCUGACUAACUAGAUAGCUGCUAGCUAUCCAGCUACCUGGCUGGCUAACUAGCUACUCAGCUGUCAACAAACAUCAAGAAACGUUAACGUUUACGGGGAACUGAUUUAUUCAGAAUAAUGGACCAGCACAAUACGACAUACUCCGUCCAGCUUUACAUAUACGACCUGUCCAGGGGGAUGGCUCGUCAGCUCAGCCCUAUCAUGUUGGGAAAACAGCUUGAUGGAAUCUGGCACACUGCCAUUGUGGUUUUUGGAGAAGAGUUUUUCUUUGGAGGUGUUGGCAUCUCAAGCUGUGCGCCGGGUGGUACGAUGUUGGGCCCUCCAGACUCUGUGGUGGAACUUGGAAACACAGAGGUGAAUGAAGAGAUCUUUAUGGAUUACCUCUCAUCGCUCGGGGAGACCAGUUACAGAGGAGACCGGUACCGACUGUUUGAGCACAAUUGUAACACCUUCACCAACGAGGUAGCCCAGUUUCUCACAGGCCGGAAGAUUCCGUCUUACAUCACAGACCUUCCCUCGGAGGUGCUCUCAACGCCUUUCGGCCAGGUGCUGCGGCCCAUCCUGGACUCCAUCCAUAUCGCUCCCCCAGGUGGCAAUGUGAUCAACGGCCAUAACAACCACAGUUAGACCCCCCUGCCGACCACACUCUCAAGCAAGAGAAUACACGACGCCCUUUUAGCUGACACGCACUAUGUGGUGAAGGUCUGCUUUCUUCUGUAUUAUACCGAACACGAUGGCUUUUGCUCCUUGUAGUUCACGUGUAUUUAUGAUGCUUUGAGUAUAUGUAUGUGUGUAUAUAUAUAUAUAUAUAUAUAUAUAUAUAUAUAUAUAUAUAUGAAGCUGUUCUGUUGUGCACAGAUUUGCACAUUUCUACCCUGGUCUGGAAUCUCUGUCUUGGUUUUUUGCUUUUUUUUUCCCGAAAAUUGUUCUCACUUUCCUCCCUUUUCUCAAAGUGGAUCAUUUCAUACUGCUGAACUUUGAACCUUUAUGUCAGAUAUGUGUAUUUAUUAUCGGCUUGUCCCGUGGUGUAUUUAGUCAACAUUUCCUCUUCUCUCUUCUCCUCUCCGGUCUAUCACAAUGGAGACAUAUAUCCUGUACUGAGACAUAGGCAGAGACUUUUACAGAAUACAAGGGGGUCUAUUGCUCUGACUCACAAUGCCAAAUCUAGAGUAAAACAUCAAAAAUACAUUGUGUUUGACAGAGCAAAAGAGCACAGGAGAAAGCCCAGCCUCACUGGCUCAGUGUUGGUUUCCAAAAUAUUUGUUGCUGAAUCAUUCAGUUGAUUUGCUCUGUUAUUUUUACUCUACAAUGCAUCAAGAAAUGUAAAAUUUCUGAAGCCAAGAGCCAACUCUCAUUGCUUGUGUAGACUUAAUCCAAAUCAGCAAUUCAAAAGCAAAAUCAAGUUAUGUUUAUAGGAGAGGGCGUAUGUGUGUGUGCGCGUGCGUGCGUGCGUGUGUGCAUGUAUGGAUGGGUGAGCGUGUGCUUGUCUGUGCGCGUGUGUGAGCCUCUGCCUGUGUGUGUAAACUCAUUUAUUUAGUUCUAACCCCAGUUCUGUGCGGUGGAAAGGAUCAUCACUGUCUACCCACCAGUGGGACUAAUUGAGUAUCUGACUAAGAGAAGGGUUCAUCUCACCUUCACCCCCAGCUGUAGUUGCCCAGCUCUGUGCCGAGCGGAGGGCCUUAGAUCUUCAUGCCCCACCAGACGGUGUGAGUAAUGUACACCUCGGUGCCUUUCUCCCCCAGUCCACACCCCCAACCCCCUUUGGCACUCACACACACACACACACACACACACACACACACAGGUGGGGUCAACCCCCCCCGCAAACACAAACACACACACACACACACACACACACACACACACACACGUACAUACUCACGUACUUACUCUCCCUUAACACUUAACAAAAAAACCUCCAGAAGAGUGCUGUAGGGACCAUUAACAUGUUGUCAUCAGGUAUUUAUUUUCCUGCUGGAGCUAGCUGUAGCUCAAGCAUUGCUGUUUGAAGUUGUUGCUGCAUCAGAAAUAUGUAAACAAUGCUAAUGAAUAUAUGCCUCAUAUAAAUAGUUCUAAUGUACUUUAUGUGUACAUUUGUAUUUGAAGGUAGACUUUUCAUGAAGAGCUAAAUCUUACGCAGCAAUGCGUUUGCUUUUUUUAAUGUUGGGCUUUAAUAAACGGCAAAUCUGGAAUUUACAACCAGUGCCAUGUUGGGUAAACACUAACAUUUACAAAGCUGGUGUUCAUUCAGCUACUCAUAUCACCAGGAGACUUUUGACGUUCUUAAGCCAAUAUGAUAAAGGAAGGAGAGGAGGAGGGAAGUGGAGUGAAUGCUCGCCUAUUGUGCAGUCAUACAACUGAGUACACUAGAAUCCAGCUAUGGACUCAACAUAGCAAUCAUGAGGCCAUGCAUUAGGAGCCUGGCAGUACAUCUUAGACUUUGUGGGUAGUGUCACAGACUCACAGUGCCACAUUUGAUGUACACUGUGUGUGUGUGUGUGUGUGUGUGUGUGUGUGUGUGUGUGCUGCGUGUGUUUGAGUGUGUGAGUGAGACAGGUGUUAAUACCCUGGGAUCUUUUUUGUAAUAUUUUCUUUUAUCCCCAUUAAACAUGCUCUCUACCAGCUGUUAACUAAUAUGACCUAGAGCACAUCAACCCUCAUUAUGUGAAAUUAUAUGGUAUGUUUAUUCUGUUUUAUUGAAAAGUUUAUUAUUUAAAAUAUUUCUUAUGUUAAGUAUUUAUUUAUCUUAUUUGUGUUAUUUGUAUUGUGUAAUUAUGAAUAUUUUUUUUUCAGUUGCCAUUCAUUGUCAUGUGUAGAUGUAUAAUGUGAAGCCAUCAUCCAUAAGUAUUCUUACAUGCACUACAGCCUUGAAUAAAUUGCUUAUGUUCCAACCUACUUCUGCUUUAGUUUGAAUAAAAUAUGCUCAGAACAAUU